GCUACGAGCCUGAGCUCGAAAGAAAAGUGAAAAGUCAGACGAUUGAGUGACGUCUGUUGUUGUUUUUUUGUGUCCGAGCCAAGUGUCAAUUGGCCAAUAAGUUCAAUUGGUUAGAGCGCAUAAAUCAUAAAGCAUAAAUUUAAAAAAAAACCCCCCACAAUAGUGGCAAGUGUUGAUUGCUCUGAUCUUAUCUCCUCAGUGUGUGUUUAUAGUGAGAAGCUGUGGCACUAGUCAUUGAUUAUUGUUAGUGCGAAAUGCGUUAACACUGUUCCCGAAGUAUGUUGCGUUUUUAUUAUCACAGUAUUAAAAUCGUAUAUUAAAUAAUACGUUUGCAUUGGUGAAAGUGUGUUAACAGCUUUGCAUAUAUGUGAGAGAGUGCGGCAAAGAGAGUAAAUUGUAUCGGCCAACGGAAAGUUAAUGAAUGACGAAGCGGACGAAGCCGACCAAGUCCGAGGCCACAUUGAUGCAAACGCUGGAGUGAAGUGAAGAGCGGGUCAAAAGUGCAGCACACUAAAAACCAAUAACAUUUAUCAUGCGAUUGUAUAAAAUACAGCUCCAAUUUGAAUAGCUCCAAAAAAAGCGAAAAGAAACAAAAAACUCCAACAAAUAAAGUGCCUUAAUUCACAAAAGUCAAGAUCCCACAUUUGCAUUUAGCUAACCAGCGAUGCAAUAUUUGGGAGGUUUACUGCUGAUCGUCUGCACCAGCAGCGUUCUGGCCGCCGACAUUCUAAUGGCCACAAUGGGUGGCACAAAGUCACAUAAAAUACCAUUCUGGGAAUUGGCCAAAGGAUUGAUAGUCAGGGGUCACAAUAUAACUUUCCUUAGUGGUUUUCCGGCUGAUUUCCAUUUGGACGGACUGCAUGAGGUAACACCAGCUGGCCUGGUAGAAUUCAUACACAAUUACACAAAUUGGGAUCUCUUGGGUUCAAGGAUGGCCGGAGAAAUGCCCAUUAAACCAUGGGAUGGACUGCGUUAUGCUUUUGAGUCCUGCGAUGCAAUGCUUGGUGAUGCUGAGACCAAGGAAUUGACAAAUCGUAGCUUUGAUCUGGCCAUUCUGGAUGGAGCUUAUCCGGAAUGUCUACUUGGGAUGGUACAUCAAUACAAGAUUCCAUUCAUGUACAUAAAUACGGUUGGUUUCUACACGGGCAGCUUGUCCGUGGCAGGUAAUCCGAUCAGUUAUGCCAUCACACCGAACUUUUACUCCCGUUUCACGGAUAAUAUGAGUCUCUAUGAGAGAGCAAUCAACACGGGCAUGCAGAUUGGACAGAAUAUACUUCACAGUUAUGUAAUGCGACGCACUUAUCGGAUAGUACGUGAUCAUCUGGGCGAGAAUAUUCCACAUCCCUACGAAAUGUCGCGGAAUGUGAGUUUUAUUCUACAAAAUGGUCAUGCAGUUGUCUCAUAUCCACGAGCCUUCAAUCCCAAUGUGGCUGAAGUGGCUUGCAUUCAUUGUAAGCCAGCCCGAGCCCUGCCCAAAGAUCUGGAGGAAUUCAUAAAUGCCUCAGGAGCUUCUGGCUUUAUCUAUGUGUCGAUGGGCUCCUCUGUUAAGGCGGCCAAUAUGCCAGAGUCCUUGCGCCGUAUGCUAGUCAAGACAUUCGCUCGCCUGCCAUAUCAAGUGCUGUGGAAAUACGAGGGCAGCGCCGCUGAUAUGCAGGAUCUAACACCGAAUGUAAAGCUCUCACGUUGGCUACCCCAACAGGACAUUUUGGGUCACAAGCAGCUGCGUGCCUUUGUCACCCAUGGCGGUUUGCUGAGCAUGUUCGAGACUGUGUACCAUGGAGUGCCCGUGGUUACAAUGCCCGUUUUCUGUGAUCACGAUGUCAAUUCGGCCAAGGCAGAGGUGGAUGGUUAUGCCAUUAAGCUGGAUCUGGAAACUCUAUCAACGAAUCAACUCUACAAAGCAAUUAUGAAGGUGAUACACGAUCCACGGUACAGAAAUGCUGCUAGGUAUCGGCAAAAUCUAUUGCUAGAUCAAAGAUCUACAGCUAUGGAGACUGCCAUAUAUUGGACAGAAUAUGUUUUGAGACACAAAGGUGCUUACCACUUGCAGGCUCAAGCACGUAAUUUGAGUUGGUGGCAAUACUAUCUUCUGGAUGUUGUGGCACUUUAUUUGUUGUCCCUCUAUGUGCUCGUCCUGCUGCUAAAACGACUCGACUUUCGAACGGAGAAGGUACGCAGCCUUCAUGUCACCGGGCCCAGUUCACCAACAGCCACCAAGAAGAAGGCAAAAAAGUUGUAAAUAAUACACUUUAGCUAUAGAGCAGUUUACAAAUUGAUCUAAAAUCGGGUUUCGUUGUGAUUGGGCUAUAUUUAAGUUGAGAGCCUUGUAUAUAUUUUCUUUAUUUAUAAUUAACGAAGCGGUACAAAACAUUUCGCAUAGCCUAGAAGAAUUUUGCUCAAUGAAAGAAAAAAAAAAAACGAU